AUGGUAGAUGAAGAAUUACAUUUUAAAACUAUUUUGAGGAGGAAGAAUGCUGCAAAAGCCAGAAUUUAUAGAAAGGGUGUUAUUGAUGACAAGAAAUCUAAGAGGUUGAAAACUGCUCUAAAAGAAAACGGUACAUUUGAUAAAAGACGCGGCAAUGACUCAACAAAUUUGAGGAUACCACUAUCAGAACUUUCGCCAAACAUACUAAAUGACGGUCGUGGUAUAGCCAACGUUAAAGUAAGUCGUCAACUUCAUUCGUCCUUAAAGACUAAGCCAAGUACCAAUAAUAAUAUCAGAUCAAAAAGGAUAUCAAGCAGAAACAUUACCAAAUUAGGAGUUAACUUAUCUAAGAGGUUUGACAAUACAUUUGCUGCAACAACAUCAAACCAAGAUCCAAUACCAGAAUUGCAACUCAAUGAGCUUUUUGCAUCUGAUAGUGGAGACGAUAAUAUGAAUGAUGAAUCUGACGGAGGGUAUUAUGAUAUAGGGGAUCCUGUCAUUGAAUGUCAAUAUUAUGGUGCAAAUAUGUGGUAUUCGGAAAGGAAAAACAAAUGUUGUCAUGCGUCCAAUCCUAAAUUUUCUAUGUGUUGUGGAUCAGGAAAAGUUCAGUUACCUUUGUUAAAAUCCGCUCCUAAAGUUCUACAACAUCUGUUGUUUGACAAUGAAUCAUGUGAAUCAAAAAAUUUCCAACAACAAAUUCGAAUGUACAACGUUAUGUUUGCAUUUACAUCUCCCGGUGCGAAAGUGGACAAUCAAUUUAACAACGGUAUAUGCCCUCCCAAUUUUCGUAUCCAAGGUCAAUCAUGUCACCGAAUAGGAAGCAUGUUACCGAUGCCAGGUCAAAAUCCACGAUUUGCACAACUGUAUGUUUGA